AUGAUCAAGAGGCGCUACUUCAGGCAGGACCACGGCGGUAACAGUGGCUCCUCAUCGUCUUCCUCCUCAUCAGGUUGUGACUCAGACAGAGAUUCAGCGGAAGAUGCAGUCAGCAGUGAGGAAGUAGAGGAGGUGCAAGAAGAGGAAGCAGUCCGGGAAGAAUCAGGAGAAGAAAAGGAAGAAGAACUAGAACAACAGAUUGAAGAAGAAAGUUCAGGAUACCAAAGUGAGGACAACUCUGGGGAUGAUGUUGACGACACAUCUAUAGAUGAUGAUGAACAUAGCAGCCCAAGAAAUCAAGAACGUCGCGAAAUAAGUUUGCCCAUUAAGGAAUCUUCUGGUGCUGACGCUGACUCUGCCAAAAGUGCUGAUAACACAGAUGAUGCCGUUGAUGCAGAUUUUCCUAACUGCAUCCUGAAAUGCAAAUCUGUGUUUAAGUGCAAGCUCUGUCCUAGGCUCAUAUGCUUAAAUGAGGAGAUGGUCAAGAUACAUCUGAAAUCGAAGAGGCAUGCUCGUUCCGAGAAACUACUAGGAGAAGGGAGGCUUAAACUGAUGCUCAACAGUGAUGGUGAACUGGAGGAAGAGCAAGAGACACAUGCUGAACGACACGCUCGGACUAUAGCUCUCUCUCAGCAAGUACAAAAACCAAAGAAGGAUUCAGGUAGGCAGCGACAAAAUCGGAGAAAGAAGAAGCACAUAUCAAUGGCUUUUAGGCAAUAUUUGGAAAAGCCGAGCCCAAAGCUUGAGCACUACCAUCUUAUCGCCAUCUCCAGUUGA